AUGGCUGAAGAGACUCACUAUGCACUUCAAUUUGUCGAUACCCUUUUUGAAGAAUUGGCCGCGUCAAAGGAAUUGACGAUCGAACACGCCCAUCGACUCCAUGAAGUAUUCGAAACCAAGUUGCAGGAAUCGUUUUAUUUGAUUGACAAUAACGCAGUGGAGCGAGCUAUAUGUCAAGCAGGACGCGUUAUAUAUCGAGUAUCCGAUGCAUGUUUCCAGAAAGAUGACCGACCGAAUACUUGGUACACGUGUUUUCUCGAUCCUCGCUAUUGUUCUUGUGCUGAAUUCCGAAACGCGACCCUCUGUGAUCGGUCGACAGUGAUGUGUCGCCAUAUCCUAGCCGUUGCAUUGGUGGAUGCCCUUGAUUUGUUGAGUGGAGAGGAACCGAUCGACGAUGAAGAGUUUGCAGAGAUCAUGUAUCGUUGGACAUUGUAA